AUGACGACACAUACACUGGCAAUUGCAUUGGAUCAAAGACCAAUCGAGGCUUUCCAAAGCCAUAAAAAGCAACUUGAACAAGGCGACUUCAAUUGGGCUACAUCAAUGGGCAACCCAAUCUCUCAUUCCCCAGAUACUCCGAUCCUCAGCUGGGCAAACACGCCAGAGAUCCCAGAGCCCUGGGAAUUGCUCGAAUCCCCACAAGCCUGGGUAAACGGCAAGAUAAUACCCGACAAUUUGAUUUACAACAAUACAUCGACACCAACAUGUGAUUUCCAGUCAACAUUCUCCUCCACAAAUAGUCCGCUGCUGGAAGAGACCGAUUCUUUCAAUACCUUCGCCAAUGUCGACUUCUCUCUCCAUUCAUUGAUCCCUACAAUUGAAUCAAAUAAUCGGGUUUCAUUCAUGACAACCCAGAAAGAGCUUGCGAGAAGGAAUGGAAUUGGUUCGCUAGAUGCAGUCUACCACCAGCCAUCAUCACCUAUUUCCCAUCCCGAAACAUACACAUCCGAUCACAUUGAGACCUCGCGGAAGACUACUAGUACAGCCAAGGCAACAAAAGAUCGCUCACAAAGGCAUACGACAGUAGGAAGUGAUACUCCUUCUUCUCAGGACUCUGACGAAGAGAAAAUCGCAGAAAGGCGCCGGAAGAAUAAGCUCGCUGCCCGCAAGCUCCGUCAAAAGAAGUUGGAUCAGGUAUCGGAAUUAGAGGCUCAAUUGGAGGAUAUAAGGAGAGAACGAGAUGCGUUGAGGUUACGAGCUGCAAAGUCAGAGGGCGAACUUAUGGCCUUGAGACAAAUGAUCGACCAGAAAUGA